CCGCCACCUGUGCUUUAUCCCUUCUGUAGUUUCGCCCGUGUGUUCCCGUUGAAACGCUCCUCUGCUUGUGCACUGCUUACCCGCUCCCCACUUUCCCAUUUGCGCAGGAGCUGAAUGACCAGGGAACACGAACCUGCCUUCUUCAUGGGGACACCAGGCUUGGAAGCUCGGUAUCUGGAUUCUUGCAAGAGGCAUCGGACGCAACCCAAUGCUGAAGUCGUAUCGUGGUUUUCAAAGGUCCCGACUUUGACUUGUGAUGCUAAGACUGAGAUGACUUCCUGUGGAGAAUGUCACCUUGUUAUCACACUGGAUCAUCUACAGGACACUGAUCUCCUCCUCCUAAUUGAUGUUUUCAUGGAAAUCCACUCUUUUGAUGUUGACACAGUUGACGUUGUUCAUAACGCACCUCGUCUCUUGAACUCGGAACAUCUCAUUGGUUUGAUGCUUGCGAUUGGUGAUAAGCUACAUGCUGUCAAUCUCCAGGAUUCAUCCCUUGGGGAGGACUUUCUAAGCAAUCUGAGCAAGAGGGGAGUUUCUUGUGAAGUCUUCUGUUUCUGGUCCCUCCAAAUUCAGAAGCUCAACAUGGUUGGUAGAUUUACACAGUUGCAUACCCUUAACCUGGAUUUCUGUACUUCAGUCACUAGCUUCCACAAGGACUGUUUUUCUGGCAUGCCAAAUCUGAUGCGUUUAUCAAUGUGCGAGACAAGAGUGGCUAAUCUCUGGACUACAACUGCUGUAUUGUCUAAGCUUCCUUCUUUAGUGGAACUACGAUUCCAGAAAUGCUUAUGUUGCCAUGACACUGGGCCGUGUGCUUCCCUCUACAGUGAAAAGGCAAAUCUUCUUGUUGGUGAGGAAACUGGUUCAGUUCUACCGAACUAUCCUUCCUACAAAGCUGUACAAUCUGUUUCUCAUGGCAGCACCACACACAAAGUUCUUGAUGAAGUUGAGCAAAUCAUUGACAAAGAAUCGGUUUUUAUGUGCGCUCAAAAGCAGAAGUUAAGGAAUGGUAGUGCAACAUUCAAAAAGUAUGUCUCGCAUCAUUGCUCACCUAUAUGCUAUGAGAAAUACUACAGAGAAUAUAUGAUUGUUUGUCUGCCUCAUUUGGAAGUAUUGGACAACCUUCCUGUCCAGGAGGUGGACAAAGAAGUAGCAAAAAAUGUCUUCUCGAGCCACUAUGAGAACUUACCCUAUGGGCGACAGCACAAAGAAAGUGUCAUUGCAGUCCUACAUCAACGUGAAAUGGGAAAAGUCAGCUUCUACCACCCAAAAUCAAUUAAAUUAAAGCAUUCAGUUUCUCCUAGGACAGGCCAACAUUUUUUCUCAAGAUCUCUGAGUGCAGCAAAACUUGGAUCGUCCAUGUGGCCUGUCAUACAACCAGUUUCACAAAUUAGCCAUCUUAUCAAAGAAGAAGGUACACAACUUCGACCAAGGCAGUUUGAGUACAAUCCGUCAGACCCUUCUCUUAUGGCUUUUGGAACUUUGGAUGGCGAAAUAAUUAUUACCAACCAUGAAGGUGGAAGAAUUGUCGGUUAUGUCCCAUCAACAGGAGUGGAAAAUAGUAUUUUGGGUCUCUGUUGGCUCAAGAAAUAUCCAUCCAAGCUUAUUGCAGGUUCUGACAACGGGUCGUUGAAGUUGUUUGACAUCAACUGUAUACCACCGAAAGUUCCAGACUUCUCAUUCAGUUAUGAUGCCGUUGCUUUUGAUGAUUUUGAGCAGUUGACCUCCGUACAUGUUAAUUCAAUGGACGAUAGGCUUCUUGUUAGUGGAUACACAAGAAACAUUGCUCUUUAUGACAUUGCCACUGGUGGACGCAUGGAGUUGUUCAGGGAUUUGCACCGCGAACCUAUAAAUGUUGCUAAAUUUGCAAAUCACUCUCCGUUCUUGUUUGCUACUUCAUCAUUCGACCGUGAUGUCAAGAUGUGGGAUCUGAGAGAGACUCCGGUGCGACCUUGCUAUACAGUUUCAAGCUCCAGAGAAAAUGUAAUGGUUUGCUUCUCCCCUGAUGACCACUAUCUACUGGUCUCCGCUGUUGAUAACGAGGUCAAGCAGCUUUUAGCUGGUGAUGGAAGGAUCCAAAUGAAAUUUGAGAUAGCUUCAACUGGAAGUGCUCAUAAUUACACACGUUCAUAUUACAUGAAUGGAAGGGAUUACGUCAUCAGUGGAAGUUGUGAUGAGCAUGUAGUCCGCAUCUGCUGUGCUCAAACUGGAAGGCGACUGAGGGAUGUCUUCUUGGAGGAUGGGAACUCUGGAAAUUCUAUGUAUGUGCAGUCUUUAAGAGGCGAUCCCUUUAGGGACUUCCAUUUCAGUGUUUUGGCAGCUUCGACACGGUCCAGCUCAAAGUGCGAGAUCAUGAUGGUCAAUUUGCUUGCAUCCAUUGAUCAAGUCAAAGAUCAUCCUUAUAACCAAAGUUUUCGUCCUGCGUACAGUCUUGGAGGCUGAUAUUUUGUUGUGCUUAUCUGGAACCGCUAAAAACAACAGGAGUUCAUGAUAAGAAUGUACAGUGAAGAAUGCUUGUUGUAUAGUGUCAUUCUUGCUAUUCUUGCUAUAUCAUUAUCGAGGUGCUGUUUGUAUUCUGUUGUUUGUUCUCUUACAUGGUCCCACGCUCCGAAGGUAAACUUGACAUGUAGUGUACAUAAAAUUCAGAAAGCAAGGUCCUUUUUAUAUGAUGUGAGAUGCCGAAGUUACUAGCUUGGCUUGAAUUAGAGUGUGUGUUCCCACAACAUCAAUGAAGCAUGAAAUUCUCAUA